AGAAAAGAUAUGUGGUCACGUGAUAGACACGACUGUAUUAAGUGAGCGUUUUGGUUGUGGGGGGGCCUUGUGAUUGAACUUGGAUGUGAAAGAAUAAUAAGACCGGCACUUGCUGCUAUUCCCAUCGCUUCUCCGUCUACAGGAGGUAAUUGUAAAUUACAAUGGCUGAUGAAGAGGUAGUGGUCGAGGAGGUGCCCGAGGAAGAAGAAGCUGCACCCGAAGUAGAAGAGCCUCCCGUCUCCGCGGCCGAUGAACCUGCAGAAGAAGCCGAAGAAGAAGAGCCUCCAGCCGAAGAACCCGCAGAAGAAGAGCCUCCAGCUGCAGACGAAGAUGAAUCCAAACCCAAACCGAAGGCGUUUGCUCCUCCGAUAGCUGUGCCGAAGAUCCCCGAUGGGGGAGAAAAAGUGGACUUUGAUGACAUCCACAGGAAGCGUCAGGAGAAGGAUCUGGCCGAGCUGCACUCUCUGAUCGAGGCCCACUUCAUCCAGAGGAAGAAGGACGAGGAGGAGCUCAUCGCUCUUGUUAACAGGAUUGAGAAGCGUCGUGCUGAGAGAGCCGAGCAGCUGAGGAUCCGGACCGAGCAGGAGAAGGAGAGGCAGGCUCGUCUCGCUGAAGAAAAGGAGAGGAAGGAACAGGAGGAAGCGCGUAGGAAGCUUGACGACGACGCCAAGAAGAAGAAGGCCCUCACCAACAUAACUCAGCAGUACGGUGGCGUCCAGCAGAGGCAAGACGGAAAGCGCGGCGCGAAGAAGCAGACGGAGAGAGAGAAGAAACGGAAGAUCCUCGCGGAGAGGAGGAAACCUCUCAACAUCGACAAUCUCGGCGAGGACAAACUCAAGGAGAAGGCCAACGAGAUGUGGCAGUGGUUGUUGACACUGGAGGCUGAGAAGUUUGACCUAACCGAGAAACUGAAGAGACAGAAAUAUGAUAUCAAUAUACUCCAGGCCCGAAUCAGUGAGCAGCAGAAGUUCGCCAAAGGAAGAGGGAAGGCCAAGGGCAGGGUGAGAUAGACGGAGCCAUCGACAGAAGUUCUCAGCAGAGGCGUCUAAACAUGAAGAGCGGUGUUGAAUUUCAAUCUCUGCUUCGACGCAGACAGCGGCAUGUCUUUGCUAAAGCCGCAACAGCUACUUGUAGACACGAAUAAACAGUUGUGCUUUUA